AUGGACGACGUUGCUUCGGAAAUAGAAUUCCUACGCGAUAAUGCAAAUAAUUCUAAUCGGAUGGAUGGUGAAGUAGAUUUUCCUACUAAACUAGAAUCAAUAACUUUAUAUGAAGGAAAGAAAUUUUCUACUUGGGAAAUUUGUGAAUCAUUUUUAGAUGUAUGGGCUAAAAAACGAACUUAUGAAUCAAAUUCAAACAAAGACACUGGUUCUAAAAGGACUCAUUGUCCUUUUUUGAUUAAUACAUCAUGUCCGAAAAACAAGAAUCCUGAUACUUCAGUGUUUGUCAAUAAAAUUGUAGACAAACAUAAUCAUGAACUAAAUAAGGAUAGGAUUAAAUUUGAAGAAUCUAAGAAGUUUACAAGUGAAAUAAUAGAUGACAUUAAGUUUAUGACCAUAUCUUGCAAAUUUGGUGCCACCGCUCAAAGGAAGUUUCUUAAAAGCAAAUUUCCAUUGCAUCCUAUUUACUUAAAAGAUCUUUAUGCUGCAAUAAAUAAGUUUCACCCAACCCACAAAUCUUUAUCAAAUGAUGAAGCAAAGAUUUCGAAUUAG